AUGGCCGCGGACGACUCGUACACGGCAGCUGACGAGCGCGCCCGUGCCGCCCGGAGGGCGGGCAUCCAGGCGAAGAAGGACGAACAGCCGGCGAACACGGCGCGGAGUUACGCGGCGAAGCAGCGGGAGUGGAAGGCGCGUCCCCCGGCCGGUCCUCCACUUCGAUCCCUGUCACACGGCUCGCUCUAUAGCUGGCCCGACGGCGAGCUCGUAACGCCGGACAAGCUGGCGGCGUGGCUCAAAGAGGAUAUCCUGUUACGACGCGUUGUGCCGCCGCAGAAGAAGAAGCCGCGCGCGCGGGGCACUAUCGACGCCUAUAUCGCGGCCGUUAUCGAGCUAUGGAGGCUCCAGGUGGCUCACGGCAACUCGAAUACGGAGAAUCCCCGGGGCGCCGCCGUACGAGGAUUCCUUGAGCAACGGGGCCGGCAGCGGGGGAAGCACGACCGAGCCUCCUUUAAAGACCGCGGGAGCGACGGGAUCCAGGCCGGCUACCUCCCCGAUGAAUGGCUUCGGAUCCAGGAUCUCCUUCUCACUGGCGCCGCGUAUACGCCGCAAAACCUCCGUACGCGAGUCGACCUCCUCUUCGGCCACUACUACCUCUUACGGGGGGAGAACCGCCGCAAGAUGGAGCUUGCAGACCUGUCCCUACUCGACUAUCCGCCUUCGGAAGGGCCGACCCCCUGUGGUUGCCUGGUAAGCCUUUUACGGGACGGCAAGCUAAAUAAGACGGCGAGGAAGGAGUUUAUGGGCGCGCUCCGGCACAAGGACCCCUUAUUCUGUACGCAAGGGGCCCUAGCACAGCUCUUCUUUUGGCGCUGGCACGUCGCCGGCGAACCGCCCCCGUCCUUCCGGCGCCGUCAGGACUGGUAUCGGAUCAAGGUCCUCGUCGGGCGGGACCGCGAGCAGGAGCUCUCGUACCCGACGCAGCUACAAGAGACCUGGCGUAUCUUCGGCGCUGCCGGCCUUAUCGCGUCGAAGAAGACGCACCUCCCGCGCAGGGUGGGCGCCCAGGACGCGGAGACCCAUGGCACGUCGCUCGCCCAGAUCUCGCAGGCCGGCCGCUGGAACCAGAGCGUGCUCUGCCAGGCAUAUCUUACGCACCUACCGCGGCAGUUCAUGCGUAUCGUCGCGGGGAACCCCGCUUUGAGGCGCGGGCGCGCCGGCAAUGCUGGGCAGAAGGCGGUCUCGACGACGACGACUUAG